GAAUAUUAAAGAAGUGGUUGCACAUGAAAAAUAUCUUGGUCUUCCCACCGUUAUUGGUCACUCCAAAUGUGAGGUAUUCUCUUCUAUCAAGGAUAGAAUUUGGCAACGAAUUCAAGGAUGGAAUGAACAACGGUUAUCGAAAGGGGGAGCGGAAGUUUUGCUAAAAGCAAUGGUUCAGGCAAUUCCUACAUAUUCGAUGUCUUAUUUCAAAUUUCCAGAUUCUUUGCUAAUGGAUAUCCAAUCAAUGAUGAGCAAUUUUUGGUGGGGUGAUGGAAAUAAGGCUAGACCAAUUCACUGGGUUAGUUGGGAUAAACUUUGCAGCCGAAAAGAAGAUGGAGGAAUGGGUUUUAGGCAGCUUAAGACUUUUAAUCUUGCAUUGUUAUCUAAGCAAGCGUGGCGUAUUGCUACACAACCAUCUAGCCUCCUUCAUCAGGUAUAUAAAGCCAAAUAUUUUCCCAAUACUGAUUUCUUCCAAGCUCAAGAAGGAUCACGGCCUUCCUGGUCUUGGAGCGGACUAUGUGAGGUCAGGAAGUAUAUAGAAGCAGGAAGUAGAUGGCGAGUUGGUUCUGGCCAGUCUAUCAAAAUCUGGAAAGAUAGGUGGCUUCCACGGCCAUCUACUUUUAAAAUCGUGUCGCGGUCUACUGCAUUGCCGGAGAACUCCACAGUUGAUUGCCUGAUAGAUUACAAGCGAAAGACUUGGGACUUGGGAGUUGACUUAUUGCAGGAAAUUUUUUGGCCUGAGGAUAUUGAAUUAAUUCAAAGCAUUCCAAUUGGAGAAACUCAUAAUAGGGAUAAGCUAAUCUGUCACUUUUCAAAGAAUGGAUAUUUUACUGUGAAGAGUGCGUAUCACUUGAUCAAGCAGCUAUCUUCUAAUUGGGAGAAUUUGCCAUCAAGUAGUAGUACUCUAAAGCAAAAUGUUUGGUCUCGGCUUUGGCACUUGAAUCUUCCGGAGAAAAUUAAAAUUUUCUUAUGGAGGGCAUGUAAAGAUAUACUGCCAACCAGCACAAAACUCAAUAUUAAAGGGCUCCAUUUAGAUACCUCUUGCCCUUUAUGCCUCGCUCCAGUUGAUGAUAUUGAUCAUACUUUCUUAACUUGUCCUGUAGUCGUGCAAUCGUGGGUGCUUAGUUUCUUAAGCCAGAAGGUUCAACUGCAAUCGACUGAUCAUCUGACAUCCUGACUUCCCAACCAGCUUUUGCAACUAUCAAGCAAAGAGAUGGAAUUGAUGGGUGUUAUUCUUUGGAAUUUAUGGAAUAAUCGGAAUGGAGCAAUCUUUGAUGGGCCCUAUAGAGAUCCGCUUAGCUUGGUCUCCCUGUCCAUGGCAUUCCUGAAUCAAUUCUAUGAAGCAAAUUCCAAAGAUAAGUGCAAUAUGCCUACCUCUCUUCAAUCACGGUUAUCAAUAGGUCAUUGGAUACGACCCAAUGCAGGUUUUGUUAAGGCAAACUUUGAUGGAGCUGUGUUUAUGGAUGAUAAAUCAUCAGGGGUUGGUGUUAUUAUCCGAGAUGAUAAAGGAAGUUUUAUUGCUGGCCUCUCCAAGAAAAUUCCUGGGAUAUUGGAACCAGAAGUGGUUGAAUCAUAUGCGGCCAAACAUGCUACUCAAUUACUAAAAUCUUUGGGUUUCAAUAAGAUUGUUUUGGAAGGAGACUCACAAAAGGUCAUCAAAAUGCUGGACCGUUUGGAAUCUGACGAUUCAUCAUGUGGCUUGUUGAUUGAUGAUACCAUUGUCUUAUGUCAAGAUUUCAUGUGCUGGGAAGUUUCAUGGAUUUCUAGGUCGUUUAAUAUUCCUGCUCAUAACCUUGCUAAGUAUGCUGUUAAUCUUUCAGAUUCUUGUUUAUGGAGAGACUCUCCUCCUUCUUUUAUUUGUUCUACACUUGUUGCAGAUUCGAUCUCAUGA